AUGUCGAGUAAGAAAGUGCAGUCCCCCAAGGAGGAAAGCAUCGCGAAGAUGCUCAUCUGUAAGGUCCACAUCGGAACGAAGAACCUGGAAAACAAAAUGAAGAGGUACGUAUACACGAGGGCGAAGGACGGCGUUCACAUCCUCAACUUGGCGAAGACGUACGAGAAGCUGCAGCUGGCCGCGCGAAUCAUAGUAGCAAUUAACAACCCAGCAGACGUAGUGGUGGUGUCAGCUAGACCAUUUGGAAGCAGAGCAGUUUUGAAGUUCGCGCAGUACACAGGAGCACAAGCAAUAGCAGGAAGAUGGACCCCUGGUAUGUUGACGAAUCAAAUUAUUCAAAAAUUUACAGAACCUAGAUUGUUAAUUGUAACAGAUCCAAGGACAGAUGCACAACCGGUUAAAGAAUCAGCAUAUGCCAACAUACCCGUCAUCGCGCUAUGUGAUUCGGAUUCUCCCCUAGAACAUGUAGACAUUGCCAUCCCAUGUAACAAUAAAGGAAAGGAAUCCAUAGCACUGAUGUAUUGGCUCCUAGCACAAGAAGUCUUAUACCUAAAAGGAACUCUGCCAAGAUCUAAGCCAUGGAAAGUAAUGGUAGAUAUGUUUUUGUGGAGAGACCCUGAACAGUUUGAAUUAAAAAAUUUAGCAAUAGAGGAAACAGCUCCCGCUGCUCCUCACUUGGCUGAGAACCAAUUUGCUACGGAGGCUCCAUAUGAGGAAUGGAAUAAGAAGGAAGAAUGGAAUGACAAUGCGAAUGAGGAAUGGAAAAAUCCUAUUGCCGCGGAUGAGUGGUAG